UCUCUGCAGAAACUGUUGUGUAGUGUAGUGUUCUUUGUGUAUGAAACUUAACGAGUAAAACAAACUAAAUUAUUCCACUUAUUGUUAUUAUGUUCUUUGGCUUUAUACUGCAAGUCUAAUUACGGUAAUAUGGUAAUAUCACCAUCAGAGCAUUGAGUUUCUGUUUCUGAAAGUUCACCUGUGUAAUUAUGACCAUAAGAUGGUAGUCAGCUACCGAUAAUAAACUUUAAACAUUAACUCAAGGAGUGCCAGAGAUUUCUUUGUAGGAAGUGGCAUUUCCUUAUAUGAAAAAUAAAAACAGACAUUCUCAGCAACGGUUUGUCACCUUUUAUUGCUUGUUUGUUGAUUAUUAGUGUACUAUUCUAGAGAAGGGUACAUGUUUGAGGACACUUGUGCUGACAAAUUUGACAAUUUCCCCUUAUUACAUCACUGUUGCAUCAACCUUCACUCACUAUAUUGUACUAUAUUGAUUAUUCAAUAUAGAACUUCCAGUUUGUCCUGCAUUCUGGAAUUUUCAGUGGUUCAGUUUCAUCUAGAUUAAGUUACAUUUUUAUUUUUUUAACAAAUCCACUUUAAAAUAUUUAUGAUAAAUCUGUUGUGUAAACUAGGAAGUGUAAUAAAAAAACACUGAAAAACAUUAAAACGAGUCAAAAUGUAAUGAUGAAGGUAGAUUUUAUCCAAAAGUAACACAACUUACCCAUUGACACAUCUUGAAUGAAUAUGAAUGGUGGCCAGUACAACCUGGUGUUUUCUUUAUUGUAAAAACCUUUUUAGCUUUUAGUUAAAGCUUUUCCAAUAACAGAGUUGUUGACUGUUUAAGUGUAGGACAUAAUUUACUGUAACACAUUUUCCCACAUACUGUAUAAUGAUUUAUGAUAUAUUCUAUUGUGUUGAAAAUGCUGCUGUGUGUUCAUUGGCCAUUCAGACCUGUGUGUUUAGAGAAUAGGGCUUGUAGCCUCUAGAGCAGGCAGCCAUUGAAGUUCACCGGUUUCCAUAGCAAUGCUUUUGUCUAAUAAGUAAAACCUAGAUGGUACCAAAAUAGGGUCCCAGUGGUUAGUGUAGAAAAGUUGUCAGGUGCUAUCCAUAGUUGUCACUUGUGCUAGAAUGGAAAAGAAGAGAAAAUUGGACAUCUGCAAUGCAUUUCUGAAUGAUCCAGGGUCAAGUGAUCUCCUUUGGGAUGUUUUGCUGGGUGUUGUGAUGACAGAUGUCUGUCUUUUUGCCUCUUCAAAUGAUUCAACACAUACAGCACAUGUAUUAGCUGUGUCCUCGUAACACAAGUGAAAAUGACUGGAGGUUAUGAAGUGGAGCAGUUUGUGGAGACCCCAGAUGAUGAUCUGAUUUGUGUCAUCUGUAGAGCUGUUCUACGCUGCCCUGUACGACUCAAAUGCAACCAUGUCUUCUGCAAGGAAUGUAUUUUACAGUGGAUGAAAAGACAGGUGAAAUGCCCUUGCUGUAGGCAGCCUAUCGACCAGAACCAAAUGCUGGUUUUGUUUAAGCUGAGUAAAUCCAUUGGCCGUUUAUCAAUCAAGUGUCGAAAUGCACAGCAGGGCUGCAGAGCCACUUUCCCGCUUUCUAAUGAGUACCUUCACAUCUCGAACUGUCCGUAUGAGUGGCAGCUCUGUCCCCAUGAGGGCUGUGGGCAGCAGGUGCUGAGGAAGGACGCGCAGGCGCAUGAUCAGAGCUGCAGCCACUGGCGACAGCUGUGUCCCAUGGGCUGCGGCACGCUUCUCGUCCGUGAGAACCAGGCCCAACAUAACUGCUACAGAGAGCUACAGCAGCGCUACAUAGCCGAGCGGAGGAAGCAGAGGGCCAUCGCAGCCAACCUACGCAGGAAGAUGCAGCGUAUGCAGAGCCGGAUGGCCCAAAUAAGAAGGCAGAUAAAUCUGUUGUGUGAGAGCCUGGAGGUCGGCGAUCUGGAAAUUGAAGCAGGGGAGGGAACCAGCACUUGGACAGACGCUAACGCUGCCAGUCCGAGCAGCAGCAGACGCCAUCACACUAACAGUUCAAGAGUCAGAUAAUGUAAAUAUCCUUCAGGAUUUAAAGAAAGCAUUCAAGAUAGUUUUUUAUGUGUGCAAGUUUUAUUAAAUGUGUCUUUCCCCUUUUGUAAUCAUCUUAAUGGGAUAGUUCACCAAAAAAAGUUUACUCACCUUCAUGUCAUUCCAAUCCAAACCUGUAUGACUUUCUUUCUCCUGUGAAACAUAAAAAAAGAUAUUUUGAAGAAUGUUUAAACUGUCCAUACAAUGAAAGUCAAUGGGGUACAAAACACUGGACCCCCCUGACAUUCAUUGUAUAGAAAAACAAAACAAAAAAAAUGUUUGUUUUCUGCAGAUUGCAGAAUAAAGAAAGUCAUACAGGUUUGAAACAACAUGAGGUUGAGUAAAUUAUGACAGAAUCCCUUUAAGGGCAACACAACCCACCAGUUUUACAGAUUUAUUGUUUGUAUAUAGAGAAAAGCAUGAUGAUAAACAAAAAAGAGUAUUGUUUAUGCACAUUCCUCUUAGAGCUUUGAGGGGUUUAUAAAGUAAGACAUUGAUGCUAAUGCAUAAAUAUUAAAAAGAAAAAAACAGUAACAUUCAAAUGCCUGCUUAAGUUCAGAUAUUACAAUCUUGAAGUGACACUUGACAAGAAAAUGUGAAAUCGUACAAAAACUGUCUUUGAUACUAUAUAUUAAUUCAUUAUGUAAAAAGCAAACACUUGUGAAACAUGUAAGACUUUUUUUUUUUUUUUUUCAAAAAUGAGUUGUUUAUUUCUAAAUAUGAAUUCUUUAAUAAAGUCUUUAUUAUUUACUAUUUAUUUAUUAUUACUUAUGCAUAUAUGUCUCAUUUAAGCUAAGUUCAAUAAAUAAUCAGUUGUCCUUAGGACAUAAACACAAUAAACUAAAAUGGUUUAUAUACACAUUAAAGGGUUAGUUCACCCAAAAAUGAAAAUUCAGUCAUUUAUUACUCACCUUCAUGUCGGUCUACACCCAUAAGACCUUCAUUCA